AUGGCCCGUCGUCGCAGACCACCCCGCGCAGGAGCCCUCUCGGAACUCCAACCGGUCGAGAUAGCAUGCCAGAUCGCCACUCUCCAGGCGUUAUACUACGUCGCUGCCGUCGUGCUCUUCGUCCUGACCACCCUCCUGGCCGGCGCUAGCUUCGACCUCGGCAUCGUCCUUGGCUGGGAUAGGGUUCGCGGUGAUACCACGCAGGGUUGGGUCAUGUCGUUUGUCUGGAUCCUCGACGGUGGAAUCUGCAUGCCCAUAGCUAUAGUCCUCCUCAUCGCUAGGAGUAAACUAGUCCCCGACUUCGCCUUGACGAUCCACUUCCUCCACCUCCUCAUCACGACCGCCUACACGCGCUCCUUACCCCGUCACUCGCUCUGGUGGCUCACCAUGGCCGGCUCUUCGGCCCUCUGCGUCGUCCUCGGUAUGUGGGCUUGUCGGUACCGGGAGCUCCAGCCCGUCUUCUUCGCUGGCGGUCGCAUACUCGGCCACAACAAUAACGCCAGCAGCAGCAACAACAACAACAACAACAACAACAACAGCGGCAGCAACAACGAUAACAACGACAACGGCAGCGUCACCGCGCCGUCCAGAAAUGCUCCCGUCGGUGCUGCAGGAGACGGUCAUCGUCGCCUCGUAGAUGAGGAGAUGGGCUUGGGCGGAUAUGAAGAGUAUGAGAUGGAUGGUAUCAAGUCGGGUGCUUUAAGGGGAUACAAGUAA